AAAGUGGUACUAUAUUCCUCCAAUGGCACAUAAAAUAAAUAAAUAAUUCCCAAAAUCUCCAAAUUAAAAAAUCAAAUUUAGCUUCAAUUAUCUUUGUGAAUAUCUGAAAAUUUGCUAAUGGAGGAAGUAACCAACACCACCACCUAUGAAGCUCUCAUUAAUCAUUUAUUUUGUGAUGAUUUAUUUCAUACAGAUUUCCCAUCGGCUACUUCAUCCAUUUUUAUGCCAGAAGAACCCAUAGGAGCUCAAUGCUUGAAUGAUGAAAAUGGAACAAAUCAUAAAUCAACUAAAAAACUUCAACCCAGAAAAAUUCAACAAGAACGUCGACCAUGGCUGAACCAAAAACCUUCGAACGAUCAAUCAAAUUCCGUUAUUUGUUUCUCAGGUAAUGAAGAAGCAAAGCAAAAACAUAAGCUACAGUCCCCUGCAAUGAAAAAGAAGAAACAUGCCAAUGGAGACAGAACAUUGUACCAGGAUGUAAUGGAGGAAGUGGCAAACAAAAAUCGCCAAGCUUUCCUUGAACAUUAUGGUGAUGAUUCAGUUCAUCUUCAAUUCCUACAGCUAUGGAAGUUGAAAAUGAAGAAUAAAAAGGUUAAACUAGGUUGUCUGGCCGGAAAGUUACCUCCAGCAAGCAUUGAAGCACCUCUAAUUGAUCGUAAACUGCCGUACGAAAAGAACCCUCAGCUGGCGAGUUUGCAGACAACUACAUCAAUUCCCUUACAACCUUUGCAGUUCCAUUGCCUCCCAGGCUAUCAAGAUGGCAAUGGAAGGAUGUCUAAAUCAGCUGCAUAUAGGAAGCUUAGAAAAUUAGGCUCUUCCAAGGAGCAACAACCAAGUCCAUGGCUUGGAAAUGCUGGUUUUGAAGGAAUAAUACCCAAAAAAGAAAAGCUACGAAAUCCUGCAAAGAAGCAAGGACUGCAUCAACCUUGGUUGAAACAAAAGCCAUUGGAUUAUCAGAACAAUGCUGGUUUGGUAGAACUAAGACAAACAUUUAGACUGCAAGCUCAUGAAAUGGUUUGUGUAAUUUCUUGUUGUCCCGGCCCUUCAUCUUUCAUUUAGUAUCCAAUGAGUUUAUUUAUGGGUAUGGGUAGGAAUAAUUGAAAGAGGCCGACUGAAAUUUAAUAGCUCAAGCUUUAUUCCUUUUGUAAUUUAUUUUAUUUUUAUAUAUGACAUAAUUUAUUUAAUAUAAAAUUAAACAUAUAAUAAUAUGUAAAUAUUAAAAAUAUAUAUUAUAUUGUCUUUAAUAAUAAAAAAUUAUAUAAAAUAUAAACUAUUAAUCAUUUACAAAUACAAUCAAGCUUCAAUAAAAUUUUAAGUUCAUAUUUCAAAUCGAACAUAAAAUAUAUUAAUAUCAAUUAGGAUGACUAAGAAAGGAUUUUGAAAUUGAUUUCAGCAGCUAAAUUGACAAAGCAGGAUAAUUAGAGUGAAUGCACUGGAUACAACUAUUGAGCAAGGUAUAUUUCAACAUUAUCUUCUACUAGUCUCUUAACAUGAAAUAGUAGAAAACCAAUAAUAAUAAGUUCAUCAUCAAUACUAGAACAGGAUCGAACAAACCCAUUAGCUAUCAUAGUUUCUUCUGGAAUUUGACUGCAUACAUUGCAAUAGCUGUUGAGCCGAGUUACUUCUAGACCAUGAAAAUGUGAAUAACUGUGUGAUUUGAAGUAUCCCAUUAUAUGUGGGUGAGAGAUUAGGUGGUGAAGGGUUAUAAUCGAAGCGCUGAAACAGGGGUCCAUUUUGAUUGUGAUCUGCGGAAGAGAUUUUAAUUAUGAUUCUGACAAAUCAAUGCUGCAAGCUGGAUUUUGCCCAAAGUACCCCCAAACCCCAUGUGCUGUGGUCUUUGUAGGCCUUACCCAAACUUUAUAGAUUUUCAAUGAUCAUUUCAAUUUUUAUGAAAUUAUAAUAUCAUUUUAAUUUUAGAAAAUAUAAUUUAAUUAAAUCACUUAAUAUUUAUUAUAAAUUAUUUAUAUUAAAUUUAACAAAUUUGCAUCAUGUUUAUACUCGAUUAAAAUAUUAACUGAUAAUGAUGACAAUGAAUAUAUGAGAGAAAAUCUCAACAAAUAUUAAAUAUUAAAUAAUUAAGUAAAAAUAUAAAAUAUAAAAUAUUUAUUUUCUAAUUAAGAUUAUUAACAUAGUACACACUAUUUAAUUUUUUUAAAAUAAGAUAUUUGAACUGAUGCUUUGUACAUCAGGGAAAAAAUUAAUCAUGAAGAAAAACUAUCCAAUAAAUUAUUGAGUCAGAGUGAAACCAUACAUCGAUAAAAACAAAUUAAUAAAUAAAUGAUUACAAGUUCCAAAAUCAAGUCAAAAAAUAUUAAUAAUUGAAAUAUUGAUUCUUAAAAUAUCAUUUCUAUAUUAUUGUUGAACAAGAAUUUUCCGAAUCUAUAUGAUUGUUUAUAUUAAUGUUGCCCAUGUCUUUCUUCUAUGCUGACGACCAU